CGGAUCCAAACAAGCAGCAGCAUGAGCGCGCCGCCGACGGAGAAGCCCAAGAUCAAGAAGCUCACCAAGAACAAGGUGGCCGAGGUGCUUGGCGACAAGCCGGUCUUGGACCUCACGCACCGCGGCGUCGAGACCAUGGACGCGCACGCGUGCGAUGGCCUCACGGCCAAGAAGCUCGACCUCUCGCACAACAAGCUCACGCGCUUUAGCUUCUCGAUGGCGAUGACGCUGACGCAGCUCAAGAUCACGUCCAACCUCCUCACAGACAGCGGCGUCGGUGACUUGAGCCACUGCAAGGCCCUCGUAACGCUCGACCUCAGCGACAACAAGCUCUCGCGCCUCCCGGGUGCGAGCCUCCGCCACUGCACGCAGCUCAAGGCGCUCGUGCUCACCAAGAACUCGAUCACGUCGCUCGAUUGGCUGCCGUCCAUGCCGCAAUUGACGUCGCUCAUUGUGAGCCAGAACCGGAUUGGCGACAUCAGCGAAAAGGCACUCGGCAAAGUCAAGAACCUCGUCAAGAUUUCCAUCUCGCACAACAAGCUCAAGGCGCUGCCUGACAUGGCGGUCCUCGCCGACCUCUCGGAGCUGCGCAUCUCCAACAACCAGCUCACUGCCCUGCCCGCAACGCUCGCCAACAACCGCAACCUCAAGAUCCUCGAUGCGUGCCAUAAUGCGAUCGACACGUGGGACGGCUUCGAGAACCUCGGCAGCUUGAAGCAACUCAAGCAGCUCAACUUGAAGGGCAACCCGCUCUGUGGCGUCGCCGCCGAAGCCGCCACAACCGAAGACGAGGCGGGAAAGAAGGCUGCGGACAAGAAGAACAAGUUGUACAACUUCAAGAUGAAGCGUCUCUUUGAAACACUCAUCAUUCGCGACGGUCACCGCGUGCUUGAGAAGCGGACCCACGGCUACGUCGCGCCGCCCAAGCCCGACCCGGAGGAGCGCAAGAAGCGCAAGCUCGAAGCCGAUGAAAAGGCCAAAUUGGACAAAAAGGCCAAAAAAGAUAAAAAGGCCAAAAAAUCGGAGAAGGCUGAAAAGUCAGCAAAGGCGGCGUCGGACGAGCUGCCCGCCGAGGCCGCUGACGACGAGCCCGCGGCCAAGAAGGCCAAGAAGGAGAAGAAGGCCAAGAAGAAUGCCGAGGCGGACGCGCCCGCCACGGCCAAGGUCGCCAAGGAAGACUUGCGCCCGACAGAGGAGAAGCCCGUGGUGGACGAGAAGGCUGUCCGUGGCAAGAAGAAGAAGGAGCGCGUCAAAUUCAUCAAGGAAAGUGGUGCGCUGGGCGUCGUCCAGAUGAAAAAGUCCAAGGCGGCCAAGACACCUCUCGACAUCGCGACGCUCGCAGCGUCGACGGACGUGGGUAUGGGCGGCGAUUCGGCGUGGGAUUAAAAAGCAGUCGAUAUUCAAUACAGUCGCUUGUGUUUCUAC